AACUACAUGUUCAUAUGCUUUUGUUAAAAAUGGCUAUGGCUAAUAAUUUGUUAAGUGAAUCAAAAUAUUUGUUCAGAUUUUUGCGCAUCCAGAAGCAUCAAGCAAGGCGAAUUCAAACAACAGUGGAUGCUUCAGAUGUUGACAGACACACCCGACACAUGAAUGAAUGGUGGGAUACUGAUGGACCAAUAAAACUAUUACAUCGAUUAAACGAUAUUCGUAUACCCUUUAUACAAGAAGGACUAGCUCAAACAUCAUUAGAAGAUAACUUUUCAUCUGUAUUAAAAGGAAAAACAAUAUUAGACGUCGGCUGUGGCGGGGGAAUUCUAUCAGAGGGGUUGGCAAAGUUGGGGGCCAAUGUUAUUGGUAUUGAUGCAAGCAAGGAAUUAAUUGAAGUAGCGCAAUAUCACUCUUCUAAAAACAAGGAAUUGAUAUAUAAUUGGCCAACGUAUAUAAACACUACAAUAGAGGAACAUGCCGCUAUUCAUUCGGAAAAGUACGACGCUGUUGUGGCAUCGGAAAUAAUAGAGCAUGUCGUUGAAAAAGAAUUGUUUCUGGAAUCGUGUGUACACGCUACGAAACCAAACGGAAAAUUAUUCUUUACAACACCCAGUAAAACAAGAAUAGCUCAAUUUUUUGUUAUAUUUAUCAAUGAAACAAUACUGAAUGCAAUUCCAAAGGGCACUCACCAAUAUGAUAAAUUUAUAACUCCAAUGGAACUUAAAUCUAUGUUGGAGAUGAACAAUUGUAUGGUGGAAUCAACGCGAGGCUUUGUCGCUCAUCCUAUAGCGAAGAAAUGGGCGUGGACUAACCACAAAUUGUUCAUGUUCGCAAUGCAAGCUGUUAAAUUAAAACGAUGCUAAUGCCCAAUUAUAACAACUGCGAAGAAGUUUUCAUUACAAUAUCAUAGUAAAUGUACUUAAUUAAAUA